AGAGGAUGAGCAGGUGCGGUUCAUGGGAAGGUGCGCGGGCUGAAUCUGCUUGGGAUGAGGUAGAGGUAUGAUGGGCGGAACGAGGGUGGACUUUGGUGAGUACCAGCGUUGACAUCGAUUGCGUCCUACCUUCUGGAUUAUUUGUGUCCUACAGGCAGUUCCUCCAACGGCUGUCCCAUGUUCUCGUGCCUCGGCUGCCUGAUCUUGCGACUCAGGAGCUCAUGCUCAAGCUGUAGUUCACGUACGUGUACCUGGAGCUCCCUAUUGUCCACAAGCGCGCCUUCAUGGACAACUUCCGCAGCGGGAACAUGUCCGCGGAUUCACCCUACUCAGGGGCCAAGUCCAUCUACGCGGACGCUGCGUCCCCAUACAGGCUGUUGAGGCGGCACCUACCGACCCUUCCUCCUGCUCGCGGUGUUCUCCCUCACAGCGCGCUACUCCUCACAGACCGCGGCACCCACCAGACAACGGCUCGAUAUGGAUCGCCAGCGACGAGUACAUGGAGGAUGCCAAGAUGAUUCUCGACCGCACCUAUGCCACCC